GUCGGCGCUUUGACGAGCAGGGGGAGCGGCCAAUGGGCGCCUGCGCCAUCAUGGCGGCGCCCGGUGCGUGAGGCUGCGGCGGCGAUGUCGGGACAGGGCGUGUGGCUGCGGGCCCGGGCGCGGCUGCGGCGCUUCCCCGAGCUGCUCGCGGGCUGCGGGGAGCAGGCAGCCGCCUACGGCCGGUGCGUGGCGGCGGCCUCGGCCGGCGGCGCGGAGCUGAGGCGGGACGCCUGCGCCCAGGAGUUCCGGGCGCUCAGGGACUGCUUCGCCCGGGCGGCGAAGACGGCGGCAAAGUGAGGCCGCGGUCCGCGAGCGGCCUGGAGCGCGCCCGUCGGGCCGAGCCGCCGCGGCCCGGCGCCUCCACGAGCAGCAGCGCUGCACGCAAAGCGGACGAAGGAAGGGGAAGCGCUGGCUGGCGUUUCACAUCACGCUUUUCCUGCGCACCCCUGUUUCUCAAACAACGCAUGUAAAUAGAUGUUUGGAAAGUAUUUUUAAAAUAAAAUUCCAAAAUCUGA